AUGAGGAUGGGCUUGCAUCAGAUCAUUGUCCUAGAGGCUCCUUUGGCUUUCCUCUAUGAAGUGAACGGAAAAGUGGCUGAUUCAAUGCUUGUUAAUACCAUAUUGAUGCUGGUGUAUGUUACUAAGUUUUUUUGGUGGGAAGCUGGAUACUGGAGCACAAUGGAUAUUGCACAUGAUCGAGUUGUCUACUUUGCUUUGUCACAGUUGGCACUCUACAUCCUAGUAGCAGGCAUUCUUUGCAUAUACAUCAACUACGACUGUGAUAGGCAAAGGCAAGAGUUUCGCAGAACAAAUGGCAAAGCUUUGGUUUGGGGUAAAGCUCCAUCAAAGAUAACUGCCACUUACACUACCACAACUGGGGAAACAAAAAGCAGCAUUCUUUUAACUUCGGGAUGGCUUUACCCUACUUUUAUGUGGUGUUUCUUACAAUCCUUCUCCUCGGCCGGGCGAAAAGGGAUGAUGAUCGGUGCUGAUCCAAGUAAGCAAACACAAUCUCAUCAUUUGUUUAUGAAAAAUUAUAUGUCCCUUAAAAAAUUGCAAAGGUAUGGAAAAUACUGGAAAUCGUACUGCGAGAAGGUUCGGUACAGGGUCAUACCUGGAAUUUACUGA